AUGUCAGAAAGCAAGUCGAUGAAGCUCAAAUUUAAAGGAGAGAAAUCCUCCAAGAAACAUCGUGACGGUUCUGGUUCUGGCUCGCGGAAACGCAAGCGCGAGGACGAGGAGGAUCACCAAGACACGGAUUGGGUUCGCCCCCAGCGGCCGACUGAAGUGCUGGGCCCGACAUUUAUCUACCACGCGUCUGACCCACCAGUGUGUAUCGCAUUCGAUGCAACGAGGAGCAAAAUAGCUCUUCCUGCACUUGCUCGCACAGACCCAGAGACGUCGGAGACGAUUCCACUGCUGGCAUACGAGCCAAAGGAAGUGUCACAUGUCUGGGUUGUCACGCACAUCGCCGGGACAGAAACGAUCAACUUUCGUACUCCAGAAGGAAAAUUCCUAUCAUCUGACCGUGUUGGAUUGGUCUCUGCAAACCGCGAAGCUCGUGGGCCACAGGAAGAAUGGACACCACAGGUACUCGAAGAUGGAACAUUGGCGUUUCAGAAUGUGUACGGCAACUAUCUCGGGCUGGAUGAAGUCGCCGGGGGAGGUCUCGCACUCCGCGCAGAUGCAGAAACGGUUGGCUUUCAAGAAAAGUGGUGGGUCAAAGUACAGUUUGGACACGUCAAAAAGGCAACAGAGGAAGAGAGGAAGAAGCAAAAGAUUACAGAAGGCAUGACAAAGAUUGACGAAGCGGGCACAAAUCGCAUCUAUCAAGCGUGGGGGGCCGGCCGUUCCGUUGUAUCCUCAGAGGAUACCAGGGCAUUGAAGAAGGCACGCAAAGAAGGCAAGCUUGCAGAAGCCAUGCUCGAUCGUCGUAUCAAAUUAAAGAGUGAUCGAUUCUGUUGA